UAUAGAAAAUUAAAUAUGAAUGACACUAAGUGCGAUCAAGUACACGACUAUAACGUAAGUGAAAGAUGCAAUUUUGUAGUAAGAACUGAUAACUGCAGAGAUGAAAGUUAUAUUCCUUAUAUGUGGUUUAUAUACUGUGGACUUGGAAGUAAUGAAACAAUAGCUGCAAUUACUAUAUGUACAUUUUGGCUGCUGUUUUUAUUUCUUGCUCUUUGUGUAACUGCUGAUGAUUUUUUAUGCUCCUCUUUAGUUGGCAUCACAAAACAACUUCGUUUAUCACAAAAUAUAGCUGGUGUGACAUUUCUUGCUUUCGGUAACGCAGCACCAGAUAUUUUUUCUUCGUUAGUAGCAAUAGAACAAUUUCGUCCACAACUGGUAAUUGGAGGAUUGUUUGGUGCCGGAAUAUUUGUAACUACAGUAGUAGUUGGUUGUAUAUGUUUAACAAGCGAAUUUAAAGUGAUGAAAAGGCCAUUCCUGCGGGACAUAGCAUUUUAUUCUUUCGCAGCAUUUUGGGCUUUUUAUCUGUAUUAUACUAAAGGAAUUUCUCUUUCACAUGCAAUAGGUUUUAUCGCACUUUAUGUGAUUUAUAUUAUUAUGGUAAUAGUAAGUAGAAUUAUAUAUCAAAAAUAUUACGAAAGAUCAUCUACACAACCUACUCCAAAGUUACCAAUUAAAGAUUUCGAUAAAGAAAUUCAUUCUCAACCUCAAGACAUAUCAAGUGUAACGAUAGAGAAAGAAUCAACAAAUUCUGUAGUUCUUCCCACAAGUUUUACGAAACAAGAAACGAGUAUGAAUAAAUACCAUGAUGAACCAGAAAAUGAAGGAGUAAUUUUAAGGAGAAUCGUUUUCAGAAACAGUUUAGGCAUUCCUCGUAAGAGUUUUAUUCCUGCAAAAACAAAUAAUGCCAUGAACAAUAAUAGUACUUUAGACCAUUCCAGAAAUGGAAGCUUUGGGAAAUCGGAUCAAAGUAAAAAAGAAUUUAUACCUCCUCCUUUGGAAACCCAGAUGUCUAGAAAUAGUUUCUCAAGUCUGAUAUCAAAUUCGAGUUCUGAAGACGUGGGAGAUUGCAAAUCAUUCUAUUACCAGAUAAUUCCCAUAGAUAUCUUGUCAUGGUCAGAGAAACCCUGGUAUACUAAAAUUUUGAUAGUUUUUAAGUUGCCUAUUCAUUUUAUCUUGAUUCUUUCAAUGCCUUUAAUGGAUGAUGAAGACCUUUCAAAUAACUGGAACAAGCCACUAGCGGUUAUACAUUGUAUUGUUGGACCAGUUUUUGUGGCAUUCGCUUCGAAACAUGGUUUGGAUUUAGUUGGUGACAUAUUUCCUGUAGUCGGUAUCGUAGCAAUCGUCUCCAUAAUCUUAGCUUUGGUGGUUAUUUUUACCUCGAAAAAAGAGAAACCACCAAAAUAUUAUGCUAUUUUUAGCUAUUUAGUUUUUGCUGUAUCUGUCACGUGGAUUUAUUGUAUUUCUGAAGAAAUAGUUUCGUUACUUAAGGCACUUGGAAUUGUUUUUGGCUUAAGUGAUGCAAUUUUAGGUUUAACUGUAUUGGCUUGGGGUAACAGCCUUGGAGAUUUAGUAGCAAAUCCAUUAGUUGCUAAGCAAGGUUACCCUAGAAUGGGAAUGAGUGCCUGUUAUGCUGGACCAUUAUUAAAUUUAUUACUUGGCGUAGGCAUAGCUUGCACAAUUAGCAUUGUAAAAGGUGGAGGACAACCAAUCGAGUUAAAAUAUACAAGUAUGAUCGCACUGUUGUACGGAACGUUGUGUUUUAGUUUAGUUUUCACAAUGUUAACAAUAGCGGGACUCAAGUUUCAAGUGAAACAUUGGUACGGAUUUAUUCUUAUAAUAGUUUACAUCAUAUUCUUGGUUUUAGCUAUUUUAUUAGAGAUCAAAGUUAUAACAUAAAUUCUUAUUCUAAAAACUGCAAAAAAAACGCAAAAAUUAUCGAAGAAAACGCAAAACAACUAAAAUAA